GCGGCUCUUUAAACGUUUUUUUUUUUCUUUGACUGUUUUAGAUUUUGUACCUUAUUAGUAAUAUGUUUCCCAUUAAAACUCUUUAUUCGUUCUCUUCUUUCUUUCAAGAACGAAAAAAGUUCGUAAUAUCUUCUAUGUUUCACUGAAUCAGGUAAAUUUGGGCGUUUCCUUGGAAUCAUGUCAGCUAAAUUUGUAGCUGAUUAAAGUUUUCGUCAUUCUCCGUGAAGAAAUCGCCUGAGCUGUUUCUUUGUGUUCUGAAAGGUGCUUAAAAUUGAGAAAAAUGGAGGAUGUAGUUGCUGCUAAUGGAGCAAAUCUCAAGCAUAAUGGUGUAAUGAAGAAGAAACCGGUUGAGCCAACAAGUAAUAGCAGUGCUUCAGACAUAGAAGAAGAGAGGAGUGUGUCUAAUAGCAAACGGAAACGGUCUAAAGCUGAUGAAGUUAAAGCUGUUAAAACCGAAUCUCCGAGAAAGAAGAUAGCUGCAAAGAAGCUAGAUUCACGCAAAGAAGGAAAUGGUGAUGUUGAUGAAAAGAAACGUGAGGAGAAAGUGAAGCAGAGAAGCCCUGUGAAGAAUAAAGAAGAAGAGAAAUGUGAAGAAGAACUGCAACUAGUUUCUUACAUCAAGGCAACAUCUCGUAACAGGAGGCUGGAUUUAAAUACUUCGGAUCAUCAGUUUUUUGAAGAUGAGACAGAUGUUGUUAACGGUCCAUGUUCACAUUCUGAGUCAGAUUUGUCAGAUUCUCAUCUGAAGAACGAUAAAUUUAAAGACUGCAGAAGCAUGACAAGGAGCUUAAAGGCAAGUUUGGGAGAGCUUGCAAUUUGCCAUCAAUGCUUUAAAGGGGAAAGAAGAUAUCUUUUCAUCUGCACCUGGUGUGAAGAGAGAAUAUAUUGUGCUCCAUGUAUAAAGAAAUGGUAUCCCCAUUUGUCACAUGAUGAUGUCUUGGAAAAAUGUCCUUACUGCCGCGGAAACUGUAACUGUUGCAUAUGUUUGCAGUCAAGUGGACUAAUCGAGACGUCAAAGAGAAAGCUACCUAAUCACGAAAAGUUUCACCAUCUCCGAUACUUGAUUGGGUCGAUGCUUCCUUUCCUUAAGAACUUAUGCAAAGCGCAAGAUCAAGAAAUUGAAACCGAGGCAACGAUUCAAGGAGUAACGACUUCUCAAGUUGUAAUAUCGAAGACUCGAUGCUCAAAUGAAGAGCGCGUCUUUUGUAACCAUUGCGCAACCUCAAUUGUUGACUUGCAUCGAAGCUGCACAAAGUGUUCUUUUGAGCUUUGUCUGAGUUGUUGCCAAGAGAUCCGUGGAGGAUUGCUUUCAGAACGCGAGGAAUAUAAGCCACAGUUUGUCAAUAGAGGGAGCCGAUAUGCACAUGGCGAAGAUGCAGAACCGAGCUCUUCUUCAGUCCCCGAGGAUGAUGAAGCUAAUAAUCAAUCCGCUAAGUGGAGUGCUGAUGAAAACGGACGCAUAACCUGUGCGCCAAAAGAGCUAGGCGGUUGUGGUGACUCUGUUUUGGAGCUUAAGAGGAUCCUACCCAUCACUUUGAUGUCGGAUUUGGUGCAAAAGGCAGAGACGGUCCUUGUAUCUUGUGGCAUCCUUCCGAAAUUGUCGUAUUGCAGCUGUUCUGAUGAUUCGGAGAUGAGCAUGAAGAGGAGAACAGCUUCGAGGAAGGAAUCCAGUGACAAUCACCUCUACUGUCCUGACUCUUUUGAUGUCCUGAAGCAACAGGAGCUUCUGCAUUUCCAAGAGCAUUGGUCCAAAGGCGAGCCAGUGAUUGUUCGAAACGCUCUUAACAACACAGCAGGUUUAAGCUGGGAGCCAAAUGUAAUGUGGCGAGCUCUAUGCGAGAAUGUUGAUUCACCAGCUAGCUCCAAGAUGUCUGAAGUCAAAGCAAUCGACUACAAGUUUGAGAACCUUUUGCCUCGUCACUGCGAUGAGUUCAUCUCAGCACUACCUUUCCAAGAAUACAGCGACCCUAGAUCCGGAAUUCUCAACAUUGCUUCAAAGCUCCCUGAAGAAAUUCUCAAACCAGAUCUUGGUCCAAAGACUUACAUUGCAUACGGGAUCUCAGAUGAGCUCGGGAGAGGCGAUUCAGUCACUAAGCUUCACUGUGAUAUGUCAGAUGCAGUCAAUAUUCUGAUGCAUACGGCUGAAGUAAAACUAACUGAGGAGCAACUGUCUGCAGUCGAAGCUCUGAAGCAGAAACACAAGCAACAGAAUGAAAAAGAGCAAAAUGGUUUAGGCGGAGAAGAGACUGUGAGUGAUGGAAAUGGGUUUCAUGAUGAGACAGGCAGUGCGCUUUGGGACAUAUUCAGAAGAGAAGAUGUUCCAAAGCUUGAGGAGUAUCUAAGAAAGCAUUGCAAAGAGUUCAGACAUACUUUUUGUUCUCCUGUUACAAAGGUUUAUCAUCCUAUUCAUGACCAGUCGUGUUUCUUAACCAUGGAGCAUAAAAGAAAACUCAAGGCUGAGUUUGGGAUUGAGCCAUGGACAUUUGUGCAAAAGCUAGGAGAAGCGGUGUUUAUUCCCGCGGGUUGCCCUCAUCAAGUUCGGAAUCUAAAGUCGUGCACAAAGGUAGCUGUUGAUUUUGUGUCACCAGAGAACAUUCACGAGUGUCUCCGUUUGACUGAAGAGUUCAGACAACUCCCUAAGAACCAUAAAGUCAGAGAAGACAAACUUGAGAUAAAGAAGAUGGUGAUCUAUGCUGUCGAACAAGGCUUGAAAGAACUGGAGGCAUUGUAGUGAGAUUGAAGCUCAAAGCCUUAUAGUACUUUUGUUGUGACAUAUUGUUCCAAAACAUUUUAGCAGGAAACAACAGAUUUUGUAGAUUGUAAAGCCAUGGCGAUUGUAGUUGGGGCUACUUGAGGCUUUUGCUGUGCUGAAAAUGAUUCCCCUUUUUUAUGGGUGUAACUUUUUGUAUUGCAAGCCAUUCUCUCUUUUUUUUUUUUUUUUUUGGCAUAUGAAAGUUUCACUUAUGUUCUUUCUUUG